AAUAAAUUAUCCCUGGAAUCUAACAAAAAGAAAUUUCCAUCAAACCCACACGCUCAUAGAUGAGAUCUCUCCUUCUAAUUAAUCCAACCCACUAUAUAUAAUAUCCAAAGCUUCUUCUUCACCUUCACUGCCUCAAACAACUCAACCAAGCAUCUCCAAUAUAAUGGCUCAAAUUUUUCUGGUUUCCUUCAUUUUGCUCGCAGAUGCUUUUGUGGUUCUGGCCAUGGCUAAUAAUGGGUUUCAAUCCUUGGUCUCCUCAGAUCCACCAGCACCUAGUCCCUCCUAUUCAUACUGGAAUUCUCAGGAAUCACCCCUUCCCAGGAAACUUGGAAAUCACCAGUCGGUUGCUCCCAGUCCUAGCCCAUCCAUUGCUCCACAAUCUGGAAAGAAUGAAGAGGGUGUUAGCGUCAAAGGACAGGAGAUUCACUUGCUGCACGAAAGGCACCACCACUCAUUUGAUACAUCGGUUGCCGGUGGUGGGGUGAUCCUAGGCGGUCUUGCCACCACCUUUCUGGUGGCAGUUUUGUGUUACAUUAGAGCUACUGGGAGACACAAUUCCGAUCUUACUGCUGCCUAAUAAUAACUUGUACAAGGAAGCCUUGGGACGCAUACACUGUUAUUUGGGGAACAUCUGAAGCUGUCUCU